CGAACUAGGAAAGAAGAAAAAAAUGUACGAAAAUAAUCUCUUAUCGCUCUCUGCAUGCACCAUGAAUCUCAAUUUCGCUUUCUCCCCAUUCCUUGUCUCUCAGAGACAACCAUUCUCUCCCCAAAAGCGUAAUCUUCACACUCUCAUCGCUGUUUCUGCUAAUUCCGACAACCUCGCCGGUGAAAAUAACGGCGGAAUGUCGGCGGUGAAUAAAGGUUCUGGGACUACGGCAAGAGGAAGGAGAUUACUCAAGGUUAGAGAAGAGAAGAGAAAACGCGACUACGAUCGUCUUCACGAUUACCCGUCUUGGGCCAAGGUACUGGAAAGUGCGUGUAAAGAUGAUGAAGAGCUUCGAGCUGUUCUUGGUGAUAGCAUUGGUAACCCUGAGCUCAUGAGAAAGAAGGUUGAAGAAAGAGUUAGGAAGAAGGGAAAAGAUUUCCAGAAGCAGAAGACUGGUUCUGUGCUUUCUUUCAAAGUUAACUUUAGAGACUUCAAUCCUGUUGAUUCCUUCAUAUGGUUUGAACUCUAUGGAACGCCUUCAGAUCGAGAUGUUGAUCUCAUAGGAAGUGUUAUACAGGCAUGGUAUGUUAUGGGGCGAUUGGGCGCUUUCAAUACAUCCAACUUGCAGCUAGCAAAUUCAUCUCUAGAAUAUGAUCCUCUCUAUGACGCAAAGAAGGGCUUCAAAGUGAUGCCUUCAUCGUUUCAUGACAUUAGCGAUGUCGAAUUUCAAGACAACUGGGGUCGUGUGUGGGUUGAUCUUGGUACUUCCGAUAUCUUCGCCCUUGAUGUGCUUCUCAACUGUUUAACAGUUAUGAGUUCAGAGUACUUGGGCAUUCAACAAGUAGUAUUUGGUGGUAAACGAAUGGGAGAUUGGGAAGAGGGAAUGACAAAUCCUGAUUUUGGGUAUAAGUACUUCAAGAUCUGAAUUUUCUAGAAAACAGUUUUUGUUAAAUAUAGGCUUCUCUUUUGUGCUCUUAAGAACAAAUAGCUAAACAGUGUGGAAGAAAUGAUAACCUAGAUC